AUGAAGGCCGUAGUGAUCAACGAUUUCGUUACCGACUUUGACGAGGUUAAAGUCUCCGAGGUAGACGCACCUAUUCCUCACUCUAAUGAAAUACUGGUUCACGUGAAGGCCGCCGGCGUCAACUACGUCGACACACUAUACGCCAAGGGCAAGCACCAGAACAAUCGCUCCUUGGUUCUCCCGCCCUUCACCCUAGGACUCGAGUUCGCGGGCGUCGUAAUCUCAGCACCACCGAGUUCGGAUUUCCGUCCAGGAGAUAGAGUAUUUGGCGGGUAUACCGGCUCAUACAGCGAGAUCAUAUCUCUUCCAGCAUCAACCCCUUUGCACCGUAUCCCGACAACAUGGGACUUCGUCGAAGCUGCCGGUAUAGCAGCCACGCUCCCGGUCUCCUACGCCGCACUCCUUCAAGCUGACAUCCAGACCGGUAAGACGGUCCUCGUGCAUGCGGCCGCUGGCGGCCUGGGCAUCAUGGCAGUUCAGAUUGCCGCAGCUUUGGGGUGCCGGGUCAUUGGGACGGCCGGGUCUUCCGAGAAAUGCGCCGUGGCCACCAGAUUUGGUGCUGCUACUUGUCUCGACUACUCCGAGGAAUCGUCAUGGUGGGAGCGUGUGCUGGAGCUUACCGGCGGGAAGGGCGUUGAUGUCGUCUUUGAUCCCGUUGGCCUCGUCGAUCUCAGCUUGAAAUGCAUUGCUCACAGGGGCAAGGUCUUGGUCGUGGGAUUUGCCGGUAUUCGAGACGGGAUGGAGCGCAUAGCGAUGAACCGAGUCCUGCUCAAGCAAGUCUCGCUGAUUGGUUACCGGUACGGCGAAAGUUCUCGGCGAUACCCAGAAGAGCAGAUGGCCAUCUGGGAUGGACUCCAGCCGCUGAUAGAAACUGGCAAGAUCAUGCCCGUGGUGUACGAGUCUCACUACCGAGGGCUCGAGAGCGUACCGCGAGCUCUGAAAGACAUGGUCGAUCGCAAGAUCUGGGGCAAAGCAGUCAUCACCUUAGACGGCACCCUGACGAACCCUUCAAAGGCGAGGCUCUGA